AUGACUGCUGCGCAAAUCCGCUCCCUGCCCAUCCAAGAGCUCUACUCCCGAUGGGGCACCGGCUACGACCAGGGCCGCGUCAACAACAUGCAAGGCCUUGAUGACACCGAGCUGGAGACCCUGCUUCCCAAGUUCGUCUCCAUGCUUGCGCAAAGCCACGACUCGUCCGCCGCCCCCCUCAGAGUCAUCGACUUUGGCUGUGGCACGGGACGCAACACGCUCAAGCUGAUAGCGAUGAUCCCCGGCGCCGAGAUCAUCGGCCUCGACGCCACCCCGGCCUUGUUGGAAGUCGCAGAGCGUCGAUGCAAGGAGGCCUCCGCUACGCUGCCAGAUAAUCUGCGACCAAAGGGUCUCUCCUUCCACGUGUACAACCCCUUGGAAGACAAGACGGGUGGGAAACCACCUGUUGAAGGCCAGGCGCAAGGACUCAUCAGCACCUUGGUCAUCGAGCAUCUGCCUCUUGCAGACUUCUUCAAAAUGUGCAGCCAGAUCGUCGCGCCGGGAAGGGCCGAGGGGGCCAAGUGGGGGUUUGACUUGGUGGAGGUUCAGGACGGCAUUCCCAAGGACCCCAAUAUGAGUUUGUACCUGUCUAACAGACGCUGCAACUCUCUCAAGCAGGAAUUCCAAAUCACCACACUCAAAGUCUACAACCUAUGCGAUGGCAGUCAGGUCUCUUCCAGCACCCUCCCAUAG